AUCUUUUUGACCCUCCAUAGUAGAAGCUUUAGCGCACAUACACACAAACACACACACACACAUACACCUGUUUCGUCUCUAGACAAAUGGCCACGAACGCUCCUGCUGCUGACCGUCAACAUGGUGGCGAUAUUGAGACUAAGUUCCCUUUACAACACGUCGUUCCACCACCCAUCGUGGCAACGCCAACCGUUGCUAAUCCUGGUCCUUUGGGCCUCUGCGGUUUUGCGUUGACGACUUUUACUUUGGGCCUUCAUAACGCUGGUAUAGGAAUUUCCCCCACCGAAUCUCACGACGUCGUUUUGGGUCUCGCCAUCAUCUACGGUGGCCUUGUCCAAUUGCUGGCUGGUAUGUGGGAGUUCAAAACUGGUAACACGUUUGGUGCCACUGCCUUUUGCUCCUAUGGUGCUUAUUGGAUGUCCUAUGGUCUGAUUUCACUGCCUGCCAUGGGCCUGGCUGCAACUUACAGCAGUAUGGAAGCUUUCAAUCGAUCCCUGGGCUACUUUAUGUUGUCUUGGACGAUCUUCACCGGUUUGAUGCUUGUUGGUUCUCACCGCUCAUCGAUUGGGCUUGUUUCGCUCUUCUUCUUCCUCUUCCUCACUUACGUGAUGACAACCGCUUCCUUGUUGAAUAAUAGUGUCUCUGCUCAGAUUGCUUCGGGUGCCUUUGGCAUGACCGCCGCUAUUAUUGCGUGGUAUAACGCAUUAUCCGGUUUGCUCACUAAGGAUUCGUCGUACUUCUUGUUACCCGUUGGCCGCAUCGGUCAUUAAUGAAAUUUAUCAUACCUCACAUCUCUAUUUAUUUUUUCACUUCUUUUUCAUUUUACUCAUGGCACCAACGUUUUUUGUUUUUACUUUUCUUACUUUUUCCCAUCACUCAUCAUUUAUUUACUGUUUUAUUCAUCACUACUUUAUAGGUUUCAAUCUACAUUUUUAUUUCAUCUCAUGUUGCAUCCAGGAAAACAGAAAAAUAAAAAAACAUGAAGAAACUAAAAAAGGCGAAGCAAAUAAGUAAGCAGGGAAAAUGACGAAUGAGGUUGUAGUGUUUUUUUCAUUUUCCAUGAG